CUCCUCAAUUAGCCAUGUCCAGAUUUGAAAGAAGGCCCUAAUUUUCAGUGUCUUAAAUGAACUUCCAGGAUGCAAGGUGUCAACUUUUUUUCUUUCUGGAUGUAAAGAAAGCUGAAACUGCACCAUGCAGAGCCAUGGGGAUAAAAGCCGCCCUGGCAGCAGGUCCCAGGCAUAACCCGAGAAGAGACUGAGGCUGUCUGAGGCUGUCCCUUACCAGGUAGCAUAUCUCCUCCUCAGGCCACCCCCUUCAGACUCGGAUACAGUGUUUCAAAAUUCUAUUUUUAAUGUGUGAUUGAACUGUCAGCAAAGUAAGGGAAUUAGUAGGAGGGGCAGGGUUAUUGAGAGUGGGAAUCCAGAGAAAUGAUGAGCUCUGCAACCAGCAUUUGUCCUGUUUUCUGAAGGUCUGAAACUUGAGUUUUAGCAAGAAAAAGGGACAAAAGGCCUGCAGCCCAUUCAUGAUGGAAAUUUGGAUUGGAGAGCUCUCCAUGUGAAAUUACAAGUCCUUCUUAGUUAAAAAACAAAAAACAAAAACAAACUUGGAAAACAUACCCAUAGAGGAAGACACUAGUGUGUUUGCCUUUCUUUGAUGUGACUCUAGGUAGAAUGGGGGAGAGAGAGAGACUCAAUACUUUGAGAAACACAAUAUACUCAUGUAGGCUUGGAGCCAGAAUUCACACUGUCUCUGUGGCAAAAACAAAAACAUCCCUCCAUUUAGUUUAAAAUGAUCUUGAGUUUUUAGUAUUCAAAGGGGCCUAGACGAAUCAACACAGAUACUUGUUACGCGAGAGUUUUAAGCAUAAGCCUCCAAAAAUUACAUAUGAGCUCAUAACUAAAAAUCAGUAAACAAAAUAGCAAUGAGAUAUCAUCAUGCACCUAUUAGAAUAGCUAAAAUCCGGUACACUGACAGUACCAAAUGCUAGCAAAGAUGGAAAAAUGAGGAAAAACAUGAGGAGGCAAGGCACCGUCAGAAUCUACACAAACUACCUACCAUCCAAACCAAUAUCUGCACCAACUGGAAUUAUAAAUGACAGAAUGUGAUUUACUGGGUUGAAGGCAAUAUUGAAAGAUAAUGCUGGGAACCUUUCAGAAUUGAUGAAAGACAACAACCCUCUGAUUAAGGAGGCCUCACAAUUCCCAAGCAGGAAAUCUAAACAAGAAUAGUUUCAAUGCUAAUACUUGACAAGCAGGAAUGCUGAAAAGUAAUGAAGCAAGCAUUUAACUUAGUGUUAGAAAAAUAAUAGAAUGAACCUGAAGUAGGUAGAAGAAAGGAAAUAAUAAAGAUAAUAGACAUAGGUGAGAGUUAUCAGGAAAGAUAAAGUUGGUUGUUUGAAAAGGCUAAUAAGAAAUAUCAAAAUGAGCAGGAUUAAGGGGAAAAAAAGUAGAAAUAUUUUUAGGAAAAAAAGACACAACUAAAAAUGUAGGCAGCAACUCUAGCCAAUAAAUUUGAAAAAUGAGAUUAAAUGAACAAAUUUCUAGAAAGAGUACUUCCCAAAAUUUAUUCAGUAAUAGGAAAUUCUAGUGAUUUUUAUUAUCUAAUUAGUAAUAUAUAUUAUCUUUACAAAGACAUCAUAGGCUCAGAUAAAUUUACAAGCAAGUUCUACUGAAUGUUUAGGGAAAAAUAUAAUUCCAAUAUCACAUUAAUACUGUAUUUCAUUAAGUCUAAAACAGUACCCGUCCUCUGACUUUAACAUCUCUGAAAUUGGGUUAGAUCUUUAAUUGAUAGUGUUUUGCAAUCUCCAUUGGCAAUUGUUAAACACUUGAUAUCAUCUCUGAAUUUGGGAUCUCUUUUACAAUGUAAUAAUAUCCAUCAGUCUUCUUCUCCUCAUAUUUUUAUGACAUCUCUGAAGUCAGGAAUGUAGCUGAUAGUUGAUGGCAUCUUAGAAUAGAAAUGGACAAAUAAAAAUUCUUGUAUAUGGAAAGCAGACAUUACAAAGAAAAGCUACAAGAUAUUCUUGCUCAUGAAUUUAGAUGAAGAAGUUCUAACAAAUUAUUAGCAAACUGUUGAAUCAAGCAAGAUAUAAAGAAAUAAUACAUUAUAACCACAGUGGGGUUAUUUCAGGCAUUAUAAGGAUGGCUUUGGUAUUAGAAAAUCUGUGAUUGUCAUUUAACAUACAGAUUAUAGGAGAAAAACUAUGUUGUCAUCCCAUUAACAAAAUGUAUUUGAAAGUUUUAACAUCCAUUAUGGUAAAAAAAAAAAAAAUUGUAGCAAAUUAGAAAUAGGAACAAAUGCUUUCUUAACCUUGUAACAAUUAGGAACAAGGAAAAAGUGUGUACCGUCUACACUUCAUUACGAUAUUGUACUUGAAAUUUAGCUAGUGAAUAAUGUAAAAAAAAUAAAGGAGGAAACAAAAUUUAUUUGCAGCUAGUGUAUAGUUGUUUAUAUAGAACCUCUCCCAAAUUCACAGAUAAAUUAUUAAAAUCAUUAAAAAAUUACUGAAUAUAUGUUAACUCCAGUUCUGUGUACCAGUAACAAAUGGUUGGAAAGAUGCAGUUCAAAAAAUGCCACUUAAAACAACAGAAAAUAAGGUGUACAUAGGCAUACAUCUAAUAAAUCUAACAGAAUAUCUUUAUGUAGAAAAGUAUAACAUUAAGAUGAUGUAUUCUCAAUAAAUGGAGAGAUAUAUUUUCAAUUAAAUAGACAUACCAUGUUUCCAGUAGGAAAAUUCAGUAUUAUUUAGUAUGGCACUUAUCAAAUUGAUUUUAUCUGUUCAAUGUAUUUUGAAUCCAUAUCUCAACAGGAUUUUUUCAUGAUACUUGAUAAGAUUAUCCUAAACUGUCUGAGGAUAACCAAGGGCAAAGAAGAGUGAAGACCCUCCUGAAGAAUCAGAGCCAGGCAAGGGUCAGGGGUUAUUUAGUACUUACCAUAAUGCUCUGGUAAGUUAGACAGUAGGUGUUGGUGCUGAAAUAAAGACAAAUGAAACACAACAGAGACUUAGAAAUAAUGUUAUUCAUUAGAGUUCUACAUGACAUUGUGUUAAAGGCAAAACUGUGGAAACAGUAAAAAGAUCCUUGGUUUCCAGGAGUUAACAGGGAGGCAACAAUGAAUAGGCAGAGCACAGAAGGUUUUUAUGGCAGUGAAAAUACUCGGGAUGAUACUGUAGUGAUGGAUACAUGUCAUUAUGCAUUUGUCCACACCCAUGGUAUGUACAUCAAAAAAAGUGAACCCUAAGAUAAGCUAUAGACUUUGAUUAUGAUAUGUCAAUAUAGGUUCAUCAGUUAUAACAAAUGUAUCACUCUGGUGAGGGAAAUUGAUAAUAGGAGAGACUACAUAUGUGGAGAGCUAUGUGGAUAUAUGGGAGAUCUCAAUUUUGCUGUGAACCUAAAACUCUAAAAAAUAAAAUCUUAAAAAAAAAAAAAUCAGUGUACUGGAAGUAUACUCACCUUACCCAAACAUCACGGCAUGGGGCAAAGAGGAGAAACUUCACCAGUGUACUAUCAAGACAAGAGCCAAAUUCAGAAAAAAAAUUGGGCAGAGUUCACCCAAACAAUUUUUCCAUGGUUGACAAAGAAAUAGUACAAUGGUACAGGACUUUUUGGGUGAUGACAGCUCUUUUACAUUGAGUAUCCUGUUUCCUGUAUCACCUUUUGCUAUCACUUUUUGAUAGAAUAUGUAUUGUAGUACAGCCAUUUUCAAGUGGUGUCUUUUGAGGGAAGUAAGGCCUGUGGAAAAUAAUUUAAGUGAGUAUUUUCUAAGUUCUCCCAAGGAUUAUGGUGCAUGGUUAGAGCUAUUAUAGAUGUAUGGAAGAAAAACUACUUCAUUUUGAAGAGUGGACAUUUUAGUGCACUAGCCCUAAUGAACCCUAAGUGAGAGGGACUACUGUAGUAAAUUAUUUGAAAAUAUGCAUGGAAAGUGAAUUUUUGGUCUUGCAUGUGUAAAAAUAUCUUUAUUUUACCCUAAUAUGUAAUUGAUCGUUUGGCUGGGUAUGGAAUUCUAAGUUGAAAGUCAUUUUCCUUCCAACUUGAAACCAUUGCUUAUACUGUAUUUUUGUCCUAAUUCCAGAAUAAUUGCUGAUAUCAGUAGCUUAAUCUGAUUUCUGAUCUAGAGGAACUUGUUGGUAUCAAUUACGUGCAAAAGGAUUCUUUGGCAUAAAUAGGGCUGGUUCUCAGUUUUUGUCAUUGCUGGUUUGUGAUUUAAGCUUUGUGUGAUCUGCAAAACAAUGACUCUUUGUUAAUUUCAUGCUUUCCAGUGUCAAAUAUAUGUUGUUGAUGUAUCCUGUCCUGGAUACAUACUUGUGGGAUACAUACCUAUACUUUUUUAUGGUUUUAAAAAAUUAACCCUUUAUUAUAAUUUUAGUUGAGUUUUAGGAGGGAACACAUUAGGUUAGUGUCUUUAUUCUGCCAUUUUAAUCUGGAACUUUGCUAGAUUUUAUAUAUAUUCUCCAGUUUGAUCCUUAUAACAACCUGAUAAUAUAGGUAGUAGUAUUUUAUAAAUGAGAGGACAGAGACCCACAUAAAUUAACUUAAUUGCUUCAGUGCAUCCAGCUGGGAUUUGAACCCAGGCAAUUUAAUUUCAAAUCCUGCUUAACCAUUACACUAUAAUGCCUUGAGAGGCAAGCACCACUGCAUGAAUUAAUUAUAAUUAUUUCUCUCUUGUCUAUAAUUAAUGGUCAUUUAUAUUUCAUGACAUGGAGAAAAGAAAAAAAAACCCUCAAAUCCCUGUUGUAGUUGUAAUUAUCAACCAUUAACUUAUUUUUACCACUAAUUGAUUUUGAAAUGCCUUUGCCCAAGAAAGAUCACGUUACAUAAAGGAAAUUGAAUUUGUUUGUUGUUAAAUGUCCUGUCUAGUAAAGAGAAACAGUCUUGGACUAUACAGGAUGCUGUUGUAUAGGAGUAGAGAACUAGCCUGGAGCCAUAUGCAUAAUAAAAGGAAGGAAACUGAGAUCUUAUGGUAAAGUACCUGUAAAAAUGAACCACUAAGUCAGUUGUAACUGAGUUAGUUUUUCAACUAAGAGAGUGUAUUUCUAGGUUGGAACUCUGACCAGAAAAAAUUCAGGAUAUAUAGAGGAAGUAAUUGACUAGAGCUUUUUAAUUUCAAUUAAGGUAGAAUAAGGAAAAUGGAUUUUAAUAUAACUAGGAAAGAAUUCAUUGAAAUGUUAAAGGUUAGUUAUAAAGAGAGCAUAGUGUAUUGUUUUGGCUGUUGGUACUUUCCUGUAGAUUUAAUGAUGUGAGAUAAUACUAGUAACUUAGUAUUAACCUAGUAAAGAAAGAUAUUUCCAUUUAUUAUUGUGAUAAUAAAGCUGCAUUUUACUUUAGGAGAAUUUUAAGUGCAAAAUCCUCAUUGGUAGAUGAUAUAUUUUGAAAAGUUUAAAUGCAGUGAAGACGAACUAUAGCAGCUCAUUAUCUGUUUCAAGGAAAAUGUAUUGGAGCAUUCAGCAUUAUUAUGGUGUCUUUUCAGUCUUUUCUGUUGAUUGGUUUGCAGUAAUGCUGUCAAUGACUCCUGUAUCUUUGCUAGAGGUAAAACUUAAAUAUUUAUUUUCUGCUUUAGCUGUUAGAAUCCAUCAAAAUUGCACUUGAAAGAGUAUCUUUCCUUAUGAAUUCUUAAUCAUGGCUGAGGCAAGCAGUAGGUUAGAUAUAGAUCUAGAGGUGUCAGGAAAGAUAAACAGUGUUGUGUUUAUAUCCAUUUCUAAAGUAAGCAAAAACUAGAAAGAAUCGGAAGAGGUGGGAAGUGUGGCGGAUACUACAAAAACAUAACGGAUGUGAGAAAAGGGUUGCAUUUUACUUCAUCCUGAAUCUCUAAGUAUUGAUCUUGCUUUGUUUUACUAAGACACCAAUUCAGUUCAGGGCAUUGCUGGUUUGAUAAAAAGGAGAAACAUUAGGGGAAUAGCCUUUCUUGUUUAUCAGUUCAUUAAAAAAAGAAAAAACCCACUAGCAUGGCUUAAUGCCUUUUCUGUUUAUUGCUGAUCUGAGUCUCUGGUCCUUCUCCUUUGCUGUUAAAUGUGUGUGUCCUUUGUUUGUGCUGGUGGGUUUCGCUACAUUUGGAUUUGAGAGAAAAGCCUCUUGUUGCUGUACUGAUCUAAUUAGCCUUCUGGGUGAACGUAUACGUUAAAUAGACCUUCUAAGCCAUGAAAGAAGAGAGCUCACAACAACGUAGAUUUUCUUCUUGUACUGUGUUUUCGCCUGUUUUAUUUCCUCCACGAAUUGAUGGCCGAAAGCUUGUCCGGAAUGCUUCAUUUGGAGGAUACAAUGAACUUUCUCCUUUAUUGCCAGGUUUUGACAGAGGAAAGGAAGACAUUUCUCAAAAUAAAGAUGAAUCUUCACUUUCUAUGUCAAAGAGCAAGUCUGAAUCUAAACUUUAUAAUGGCUCGGAGAAGGAUAGUUCAGCUUCAAGCAAGCUCACAAAAAAAGAAUCUCUCAAGGUGCAAAAGAAAAAUUACCGAGAAGAAAAGAAAAGAGCCACAAAGGAGUUACUCAGUACAAUCACAGAUCCUUCUGUUAUUGUUAUGGCUGAUUGGUUGAAGAUUCGUGGUACUUUAAAGAGUUGGACCAAGUUGUGGUGUGUUUUGAAACCUGGGGUGCUACUGAUUUAUAAAACCCAGAAAAAUGGUCAGUGGGUAGGAACAGUCCUUCUGAAUGCCUGUGAAAUCAUUGAGCGUCCAUCAAAAAAGGACGGCUUUUGUUUCAAACUUUUUCAUCCUUUGGAGCAGUCUAUUUGGGCAGUGAAGGGUCCCAAAGGCGAAGCAGUUGGAUCUAUAACUCAACCCUUACCUAGCAGUUACUUGAUCAUCCGAGCUACUUCAGAGUCAGAUGGAAGGUGCUGGAUGGAUGCUUUGGAGUUGGCCUUGAAAUGUUCUAGUCUUCUUAAACGUACAAUGAUCAGAGAAGGAAAGGAACAUGACCUGAGCAUUUCAUCAGAGAGCACACAUGUGACUUUGUAUGGCUUAUUACGUGCUAACAAUCUCCACAGUGGUGACAACUUUCAGUUAAAUGAUAGUGAAAUUGAAAGGCAGCAUUUUAAGGACCAAGAUAUGUAUUCUGAUAAAUCUGAUAAAGAAAAUGAUCAAGAACAUGAUGAGUCUGACAAUGAGGUGAUGGGGAAAAGUGAAGAAAGUGACACAGAUACAUCCGAAAGGCAAGAUGACUCUUAUAUCGAACCUGAGCCCGUUGAGCCUUUAAAGGAGACUACCUACACUGAACAGAGCCAUGAAGAACUAGGAGAGGCAGGUGAGGCUUCUCAAACAGAAACUGUGUCUGAAGAAAACAAAAGCCUUAUCUGGACACUGUUGAAACAAGUCCGUCCUGGCAUGGACCUGUCCAGGGUGGUUCUGCCGACAUUUAUUUUGGAACCUCGUUCUUUCCUGGAUAAACUUUCAGAUUAUUACUAUCAUGCAGAUUUCUUAUCUGAGGCUGCUCUUGAAGAAAAUCCUUACUUCCGUUUGAAGAAAGUAGUGAAAUGGUAUUUGUCAGGAUUCUAUAAAAAGCCAAAGGGACUGAAGAAACCUUACAAUCCUAUACUUGGUGAGACUUUCCGUUGUUUAUGGAUUCAUCCCAGAACAAACAGCAAAACAUUUUAUAUUGCUGAACAGGUGUCCCAUCAUCCACCAAUAUCUGCCUUUUAUGUUAGUAACCGAAAGGAUGGAUUUUGCCUUAGUGGUAGUAUCCUGGCUAAGUCCAAGUUCUAUGGAAAUUCAUUAUCCGCAAUAUUAGAAGGAGAAGCACGAUUAACUUUCUUGAAUAGAGGCGAAGAUUAUGUCAUGACAAUGCCGUAUGCUCAUUGUAAAGGAAUUCUUUAUGGCACAAUGACACUGGAGCUUGGUGGAAUAGUCAAUAUUACGUGUCAAAAAACUGGAUACAGUGCAAUACUUGAAUUCAAACUAAAGCCAUUUCUAGGUAGUAGUGACUGUGUUAAUCAAAUAUCAGGGAAACUUAAAUUGGGAAAAGAAGUCCUAGCUACUUUGGAAGGCCAUUGGGACAGUGAAGUUUUUAUUAAUGACAAAAAGACUGAUAAUUCAGAGGUCUUCUGGAAUCCAACACCAGACAUUAAGCAGUGGAGAUUAAUAAGGCACACUGUAAAAUUUGAGGAGCAGGGAGAUUUUGAAUCAGAGAAACUCUGGCAGCGGGUAACUCGAGCCAUAAAUGCCAAAGACCAAACAGAAGCUACUCAAGAGAAGUACGUUUUAGAAGAAGCUCAAAGACAAGCUGCCAGAGAUCGGAAAACAAAAAGUGAAGAGUGGGCAUGCAAGUUAUUUGAGCUUGAUUCACUCACAGGAGAAUGGCAUUACAAGUUUGCAGAUACUAGACCGUGGGACCCACUUAAUGAUAUGAUACAGUUUGAAAAAGAUGGUGUUAUCCAGACCAAAGUGAAACAUCGCACUCCAAUGGUUAGUGUCCCAAAAAUGAAACAUAAGCCAACCAGGCAACAGAAGAAAGUGGCAAAAGGCUAUUCUUCCCCAGAACCUGAUAUCCAAGACUCAUCUGGAAGUGAAGCUCAAUCAGUAAAACCAAAUACGAGAAGAAAGAAAGGGAUAGAACUGGGAGACAUUCAAAAUUCCAUCGAAUCUAUAAAACAAACGCAGGAAGAAAUUAAAAGAAAUAUUAUGGCUCUUCGAAAUCAUUUAGUUUCAAGCACACCUGCCACAGAUUAUUUUCUGCAACAAAAAGACUACUUCAUCAUUUUCCUCCUGAUUUUGCUUCAAGUCAUAAUAAACUUCAUGUUUAAGUAGAA